UGACGAUUUCUUAUCAGUGAUCGUUUGUCCUACCAGAGAGUAUAAAAUGAGAGUUGUCAUCGACCAUUUCACUCUUUCCAGGGGACAUCGUAAGACAAGAUGAUCAAGCUCGCAAUUUUUGCCCUCGCUGUUGCCGUGGCUUCGGCCUACACAGAUGCCAACUGGCUCAUCUUCAAAGCCAAGCAUAACAAGGACUACAAUGGAGAAGAAGACAUCAUCCGUCGCUUCGUGUGGCAGUCCAACCUGAAAAAGAUUGAGGAACACAAUGAACUGUAUGCCCAAGGACUUAAGAGCUACUACCUGGGAGAGAACAAAUACGCUGAUAUGACCAGCGAUGAGUUUAACGGGGUAAUGAACGGCAUGAACGUACACAAACAGUCAGACAAAUACGUGAGUGGCCAGUACAAGGCUUACCUGCCCGACUCCGUGGACUGGAGGAGAAAAGGAUUCGUCACACCGAUCAAGGACCAGGGACAGUGUGGAUCAUGCUGGGCUUUCUCCGCCAUUGGAAGUCUCGAGGGCCAACAUUUCAAUACCACCGGAAAAUUGGUCAGCCUUUCUGAGUCCAAUCUGGUAGACUGCUCUCAGAAAUGGGGCAACCAAGGCUGUAAUGGUGGUCUCAUGGACCAGGCGUUCCAGUACGUAAUUGACAACAAAGGUAUUGAUACAGAAAAGAGCUACCCAUACAAGCCAGAAGACCGUCCCUGCAACUUCAAGUCGGCAGAUGUCGGAGCCAGAGAGAAAGCCUUCCAAGACGUGACAAGCGGUAGUGAGGAUGAACUGCAAAAGGCUGUUGCCGGGGUGGGCCCCAUUAGCGUUGCUAUUGAUGCGAGUCAUGGUAGCUUCCAGCUUUACAGCGGUGGUGUCUAUGACGAGCCUGAGUGCAGCUCUACCCAACUGGACCAUGGUGUUUUGGCUGUGGGGUACGGCACUCAAGAUGGGAAAGAUUACUGGAUCGUUAAGAACAGCUGGGGUACCUCAUGGGGCAUGGAGGGUUACAUUCUGAUGAGCAGGAACAAGGACAACCAGUGCGGUAUUGCUACCGCUGCCAGCUAUCCCACCAGUGUUAACUAAUAUUCUACUUUGUCACAAUAACUGUCUUAUGAAAUUGUCCAAGGUCUGACCACAUUUUUUUGUACUGGAAUCAUGUGUUUUCUGAAUCUAAUAAAAGUCAUCACGCCACAAUG